ACGCUCGCUUCAAGCAGACUCCGCCCCCCCAACCCCCGUGACGUCACGCCUGCAUUAAAGCCACGCUCGCAGGAGGUCAGCUGACUUGUUGCGGCGUCGUCGUCGUCGUCAUCGUCAACUUUCUUCUUCUUCUCAACUUCUCAUCUUGUCCUGCGGGAGCGAGGAUGAAUCCCACCUGCGGAAGAUGCAGCAAGGCAGUUUAUCCCACCGAGAAAGUCAACUGCCUGGACAAGUACUGGCACAAAGGUUGUUUCAGCUGUGAGGUGUGUAAGAUGGCCCUGAGCAUGAACAACUACAAAGGCUUCGACAAGCGACCUUACUGCAGCAUGCAUUACCCUAAGACUUCCUUCACCAUCGUCACGGACACACCUGAGAACCUGAGACUCAAGCAACAGAGCAUGCUCAACAGUCAGGCUCUCUACAAGGAGGAGUUUGAGAAGAACAAAGGCAAAGGUUUCAGUGUGGUGACCGACACUCCCGAGAUGCAACGGCUGAAGAAGACUCAGGACCAGAUCAGCGACAUUAAGUACCACGAAGACUUCGAGAAGAGUCGAGUGCGAAGUGACGCGCCGCCUCCAGAAAACAGACAAGACGAACCAUCCAGCCAGGAGGCGACACAGCUUCCUGCUAUGGCGCCCUCUGGUGAAAAGGACUACCAGGCCCUGUACAGCUACACGGCGGCAGAGGCCGACGAGGUCUCCCUGCAGGAGGGCGACCUCAUCCGGGACGUGGAGCCCAUCGACGAGGGCUGGGUCUUCGGCAGCAACCAGCGCACCGGACAGCGAGGGAUGCUUCCCGCCAACUACGUGCGACCCCUGUGACCAGGACCAAGACCAGGACCAGUGUAGACCGCAGACAUCGCUUUUUCCAGGCUUCCUUUGUGUCCACAUGUCUAAAAUAUUUCUAUUAAACUUUGAGGCUAUUUUUAUUGACAAA